GCACCACCGCUCUCCCCACGCAUUGCGCAAUCGUAUUGCAAUAAACAGCUGCGCCACUCGGCAAUCAUGAAAAUGGUGUGCGACUCGUCGAGGCUUUCCCGGUACACAUGAGUUACAUUAAAAUUAUUACGAUUGAUAUUGUUACAAAAAAGUAACAAUCGGGAGUUCAUAACGAAGGAUUGCAGCUGAUUGCGGCCCUUAGGAUCGCGUGCGUGCGUGCCAGCCAGCCAGCAGCAGCCGUGGUGGUGGUGUUGGCGGUCAGCGCCACGUGCUAAGAACCCGGCCACACGAGUUCGAUUCCCGCUCACGGCACAACACCGGUGACGUCGAGCAUCUGAACCGGUCCUGGGCCCUCCCCGAGGUCGACUCGGCCUCAAAUGGGCGUUGUGAUCACAGCGCGCUGACCACCGCUCCGGUACUCACAAGGGAUACCGCGUGAGGGUUACUUACGAACGAGCCAUCGGUGGGAGCCACGCUGCACACUCCCAUGGCCUUACGACGGCUCCUGUAUUGGCAUAAAGAUCCGAUGGCUUUGGUAUUGUUGCUCAUUUCAUUGUUCAUCAAAUCGACUCAUUCUUUGGAGGACACUGCAAAUACUCCACCUUGCCUGACCCCACUGUGUGGCCACUUUGGCACCAAAACACGUUACGAGGACGUGAGCAAGUUCAGUGGAUGGGUAGGUGAAGGGGAAUGUCGGGCAAUGCACCUCAAUGCUGUGAUCCGCCACGGGACUCGUUUGCCCACAGCCCGUCAAAUACGCGCCAUGCGAAACAUGCAUCAGUUGAUGGCUGCCGGCACCUCGGCACUCGCGCGGAAGAUUGGCGAGUGGCAUUUCUGGUUCCGUGAAGAGCUCGGCGGAGAGCUGGUCGAGAAGGGAGCUCGAGAUGAAGCGCAACUGGCCGAGCGGCUUGCUGAACGAUUCCCGGAUUUAUUAGGCACGUGGGCCGUCAAUCACAAAUCCCUGCGAUUCCUCAGCAGCUCCAAGCCACGUUGUGUCCAAAGCGCCACAGCCUUCAUGCAUGCCCUCUGGCACCACCAGCCUGCACAUUACCCGGAGAUUACAGUCGACGACCGGGUCAUGAGAUUCUUUGACGAGUGCGAAAGGUUUGUUGAAAAUGUGAAAGAAAAUGUGAGUGCGCUCUACCACGUGAUCGCCUUCAUGGAGGGUAAAGAGAUGUGGAACGUGCAGCAAAAAAUCUCGGAGAGGAUCGGCGUGCCUCAAGAACACGUCACAAGAAAAUUAAUUCAAGCCGCAUUUUACGUCUGCUCCUUUGAACUCGCGGUGAAUGGGACACACUCAAUUUGGUGUGAACUCUUCGAUGCUGAAGACGCCAAGGUACUGGAGUAUCUGGGGGAUUUGAAGCACUUCUGGCUGCGGGGGAGAGGUUAUCCAAUCAACAGCCGGAUCAGCUGUGUGCUGCUGCAGGAUAUAUUUACUGGUUUGGACCAGGCAGUUACUGAGAGGCAAAAAGGAUGGCCCUCUGUCCGAGAUCCAGCCACCCACUGCUACUGCUGCUACUGCUGCUUCAGCAGCAACUGUUGAUGCCACUGACGGCCGCCGCCGCAGAUAGCGACCGUAGUGCCGAGCAGGAUGGGGGAAGGUGCUACACAGGCAUGCCGGGGAUCCCGGGGAAUCACGGGAUCCCGGGAAACCCGGGCCCGAUCGGUCCUCUUG